CAAGAAGUAUCACUCCUGUCUAUUUAUACCCUCUAUUAAACUUGAAACUAAGACUUCCUAGAUGAGCUAGAGUGCGGAAUAAUAAUUUAGAUAUAGAUCUAAAGACUAAAGUGAAGAGUCUAAAUCUACAUAAUACACCGUAAUUCAUAAUCAUUAUGGCACAUUACUUUAGUGAGGCACAGAUUGAUGCUUUUAAGGAGUGUUUUUUUUUCCAUGCCAAAAAAGGCUAUGUUUCCAAUGAAGGAGAGCUUUCCAUUAUUAUAAGAUCACUAAACUUUUGUAUCACAAAAGAUGAAGUCCACAAAUACUUCUCAAAAGCAUCAUCAGUAAAUAAAUUUAAUUUAGAUGGACGAAUUGAUUUUGCCUCCUUCCUAAACAUAAUGCACAGUCAUUCCCAAGUUGAAAAUAAGCAGAGAGAAUUAAAAGCAGCACUUGUUGCACAAGAUAGAGAGAGGAAAGGCCACUUGAAUGCUGCAGAACUGAGGCACAUUCUGACAAAUAUUGGAGAAAAGCUGAGUAACAAAGAAGUUGACUCAUUAUUUUCUGAAGCUGGUGUGCAUUCUAAUGGUCAUGUUAACAUUUCAAGCUUUGUUGAGAUUAUUAUGACUCCGCAGGCAGAUUACUAAUAAGAAAUGUCAUUAAUAUGAAAUGUAAUAAAUUAUAUGUAGUAUAGAAGUUUAGAUGAAAGUAUCAAAAUAGAGUAAAAAAAAAUAAUGUACAUCUAAACAUGAUUGUUUUUUCAUAUUAUAAAUAUAAUACAUACAAAUAUUUAAUUAUUCUAUUUUGACUAGAAUAUCUUUUUUUUUAAUUUAAAAAUGUUUGUACUGUGUACCUAUUAUGCAUCUGAUAAUUUUUUCUUUAAUUUGUUUUUCCAUAUUUAUUCAUCUUUUGUUGACUACACUUAAUGUAAUUUAAAAAAGUAAUUUUUGUUUGUAUCCAUCACUAUUUCUCUACACCACUACUUGAGACAGGAAAGUUGGGGGCCAGCAGGUAGGCUCAUGAAAAACAUUUAGGCUGAACAAGACCUUAAUAUUAGUCAUUUUAGCCUAAGGUUUACUUACAUGUUUUAAAACAUAAAAAAAAACAGAUUGUAGAGUAAGGAAACAAAUUUGUUUUCAUUUUUUUAAAGAAUGGUCUAUUUAUUGUUGUGAUUUGUUGAAGAGCAUUCUCUUUUAUAUUACUCAUUCUGAAAUUGAAGAAGCCAGACAUGGGCAAACAUUGUAUGCACCUACUAACCAUCAGGCUUAAAGCUAAACAUUAUUAAAUUGUCAUUGACAGAACUCUUUAAGACUUAACAAGCAAAUAUUACAUGUACCAUACUUUUAAGCUGAAUAUCCCAACUCAUCUCAAAGUUGAAAUGUUAUGAGCCUUGCCUAAUCUUUUGGACACACAAAGGAAAGGGUGGAAGAGUCUUUAUUUGUGCAUCAUUACAAAACAAUUUUCAAAGAUGUAGUGCACAUUUUCACAUAUAUAUUUAUAACAUGUGUCAUGAUGGUUGUACUUUGCCCACCUCUGAAAUUGGCUUAUUAAGUCUUUUUUUUUUUUUAAUUUUUAUUUUAGAAUAUUACCAGUAUUUAAAAAUUUCAAUAUUUUGAUAACAUAACCAUUUCAAGGCAUAGUUUAUCUGGCUUAAUAUGAUAUUUCAAAAUGUUGGUUUUAACUUUCAUGAUUAUUUAUUGCUUGAAUGAUUGUCUUAGCCUUGUUGUUAGCUUGGUCAAACAAACUCCUUGCCUAUGUACUUCAAACUUUUACAUUCCAAAAGAAAUUUGUGAUGUUUUUUACACUAUACUUCAUAUCAAGAGUUUUGAUUGGAACAUUCCAUGAUGUUAAAGCUUUCUAAUACAGUACAUAAAUAAAAAUGGCUGUGUAAUA